AUGGCUGAUGUGGCGCUUCUGCUGCGGAGUGGUUUACCUUGGUCGCUGGUUCCUUUUCACCAUCUGCCGCAAGACUUUCCCCCAUUGCAAAAGGCUAAGUAUCCGGCAGCAAUGCGUCUCCUGCGCACCGUCGUCGGCCUCGUCGCCCUCCUGUCCCCCCUUGCCGCGGCUAAUGGAGCCGGCAUUAUCCACCCCAGCGCUUUGAGCAAGUAUAGAAUCUUUCAAACCCAGCUGAACCUGAGGCACCAGUACACCGAGAUGCACCUCGUCAAAGACAGCCGAGGCUUCACUUUUGUCCAGGUUGACAUCUACAGCCGCGCCGGAGGAAAGCUGCAAGGCCAUAAAUACUUCAAAGCUAGCAAGGACGCCCCGCAGAUUUUUGCCGGCCUGGCCAAUGGCGGGCCUAUCGUCAAGACUUAG